GUACUUACUCUCUAAUACCUUCUUCACUUCCUUUAUCAUUCGUCUUCUUUAUCCCUUCCUUCCUUCCUUUAUUCCUUCCCAUUUUUCAUUAUACAUUACAUACUUUAUUAUUCUAUUUAUUUAUCUCCGUAAAGCUUAGUCAUGACUCGAUACACAAAGUUGGAACGGAAGCGCCACGUGGACGCCUCAGAGUCCUUCACUGUCACACCAUUAAUGCCUUCGAAGGUAGUAAAGUCAACCGACAACCCAACACAGCAACCACAACAGCAACAGCAACAGCAACAGCAACAAAAACCACAGGUAUCUAACGAAAAACCGUCAGGGUCAUCAUCAUCAUCAUCAUCAUCAUCAUCAGAGAAGGCCAAGGAAACCAAAGCAGAAGGAAACAAAACGAACAGUAAAAAGAGAAAGGCCGAGACAGAGCCAGAGACUAAGGCAGAAACAAAGACAGAGACAAAGGCAGAGACAGCAGCAUUAGAAGUUGAACCAUCUAAUGAAAAUGAGAAAAAGAAGAAGCAAAAGAAGAACAGCAAGAAUAAGAAAGGCAAAGAUAACACUGGAAAAGAUGCAAAAUCGGAAUCAAACAUGGAUAAUUCAACCAGAUCAGAGAGACGUCGCUUGAGGAGACAGAAGGAAAAGGCAAAUGCCUCGAUAUGUUUUGCUUGCCGCAAGACAGGACAUAGUGCCAAGAACUGUAAGGAGACCACAGGAGAGGUUGGGAUGUGUUAUAGCUGUGGAUCAUUAGAACACACGACCAAGGAUUGUAGAAAACUCUCAAAGGAUGGCAACAAGUUCAAGUUUGCGACCUGUUUUGUUUGUAAGGAACAGGGACAUCUUGCAGGGAAAUGUCCCAAGAACGAGAAGGGGUUAUACCCCAAUGGUGGAUCCUGUCGAUUCUGUGGGAAAGUGGAUCAUUUAGCAAAGGAUUGUAAAUUGACCAAGGAAGAGGUCGGGACUCUGACGGUGGGGAAGAUUGAUUUGGUUCAAGGAGCGGAUGAUGAUGAUUUCCAUAUCUUUGUGGAUGAGAAACGAAAGUUGACCGAGGAACAAAAGGCGAUCAAGAAGAUUAUCAAGACGAAUAGUCAGAGUAAUGCAAAAGCAGUUAAAAAAGUCGUUUCUUUCUGAU